AUGUCCACCGGCUCCCUCAGCGACGUGGAGGACCUCCAAGAGGUGGAGAUGCUGGACUGCGACGGGCUGAAAAUGGACUCGAACAAGGAGUUUGUGACUUCCAACGAGAGCACCGAGGAGAGCUCCAACUGCGAGACGGGGUCUCCGCAGAAGGGCCGCGGCGGCCUGGGCAAGAGGAGGAAGGCGCCCACCAAGAAGAGCCCCUUGAGCGGGGUCAGCCAGGAGGGCAAGCAGGUCCAGCGCAACGCGGCCAACGCGCGCGAGAGGGCCCGGAUGCGGGUGCUCAGCAAGGCCUUCUCCAGGCUCAAGACCACCCUGCCCUGGGUGCCCCCGGACACCAAGCUCUCCAAGUUGGACACGCUCAGGCUGGCGUCCAGCUACAUCGCCCACUUGAGGCAGAUCCUGGCUAACGACAAGUAUGAGAACGGGUACAUUCACCCUGUCAACCUGACGUGGCCCUUUAUGGUGGCCGGGAAACCCGAGAACGACCUGAAAGAAGUGGUGACCGCGAGCCGCUUAUGCGGAACCACGGCGUCCUGA